UGUCAAAGGGAAAGAGGAGAAGGGGGCGGGACUUGAGGGGAGGGCGGCGGCGGCGGCGGAAGGGGUCUCACUUCCGCCUCGGUGUCAGUCAGCGGGUCUCGUUGGGGAAGGAAGGAAAGAAGGGAGCGCGCGCCUGGCCCUGGCAGAUCUUCUGGAAGGAUUUUGCUUUUAAUGAAAAACCUCAAACAUAUAACAAAGAACUAUGCAUUAGAAAAAAAGUAACCACUUGGUGCAGAAAAAAAUUACAACUUAAAAGGAUGAAUAGUGAAGAGGAAUUUUAUGAUGCCGUGACAGGCUUUGAUUCUGAUAAUUCUUCUGGAGAAUUUUCAGAAGCAGUUCAUAAAGUUGAUGUGGAUGCCCACCAAAGUCAUAGGGCAGGAAGACACAAUGGAGAUGGGCCUUUGCAAAAGAAUGGAAUCAAGAAACACAGGACAACAUUGCCUGCCCCAAUGUUUACUAGGAGUGAUUUCAGUGUCUGGGGUAUCUUGAAAAAGUGCAUUGGACUGGAGCUGUCUAAGAUUACCAUGCCUAUUGCCUUCAAUGAACCCCUGAGCUUCCUCCAACGUAUAACUGAAUAUAUGGAACACACAUACCUCAUUAAUAAAGCAUGCUGUCAUUCAGAUCCUCUAGAAAGAAUGCAGGCUGUUGCUGCUUUUGCUGUCUCUGCUGUCGCCUCUCAGUGGGAGAGAACUGGCAAACCAUUUAACCCUCUCCUUGGAGAAACAUAUGAAUUAAUCAGGGAGGAUUUAGGUUUUAGGUUUAUUUCUGAACAGGUUAGUCAUCACCCACCUGUCAGUGCAUUUUAUUCAGAAGGCUUAAAUCAGGACUUCAUUUUUCAUGGAUCAAUUUACCCUAAACUGAAGUUCUGGGGGAAGAGCGUUGAAGCGGAACCUCGGGGAACAAUAACUUUGGAACUCUUAAAGCAUAAUGAGUCUUACACGUGGACAAAUCCUACAUGCUGUGUACAUAAUGUAAUUAUUGGCAAGCUUUGGAUAGAACAAUAUGGGACAGUAGAAAUUAUAAAUCACAGUACUGGGGAUAAGUGUAUACUUAACUUUAAGCCAUGUGGACUAUUUGGUAAAGAACUUCACAGAAUAGAAGGCCACAUUCAAGACAAAAAUAAGAAGAAACUUGCAGUUAUCUAUGGCAAAUGGACAGAAUGUUUAUGGUGUGUUGAUCCUUCCACUUACGAAAAUUACAAAAGGAAUGAGAGAAAAGGUGGUGACCAGAAGAAGCCCAAACCGAGUGAGGAACCUGAAAAUGAUGAAGCUGAUGAUAUGCCAGAAAUCCAAGAAACUGUCCAAGUCAUACCUGGCAGUAAGCUACUUUGGAGGAUAAGUACUAGACCAACAAAUUCAUCUCAGAUGUACAAUUUCACCAGUUUUGCUGUCAGUCUCAAUGAAUUGGAAAAGGGCAUGGAAGAAGUGUUGGCCCCCACUGAUUGCCGAUUGCGGCCAGACAUCAGGCACAUGGAGAACGGAGAAAUAGAUCUGGCUAGUAAAGAAAAAGAGAGGCUAGAAGAGAAGCAGAGAGCGGCUCGUAAGGAACGUGCAAAAGAUGAAACUGAAUGGAAAACAAGAUGGUUUUAUCAAGGAACUAAUCCAUAUCUUGGGACUCCUGACUGGUUAUACACAGGAGGGUACUUUGAUAGAAACUUCUUUGACUGUCCAGAUAUAUAUUGAAAUCUUGAAUGCAGUUGCUCCUUCACCCAGGAAUCAGUCGACUUCAAUGAAUCAAGUGACACUCUGGCUUUACCACAACUAGAAAGCACUUUUUUUCUAAAGCAAAGUUUUAAUGAAAAUUAUCAGUUGCUGAUCAAGAAUAUCUCAUUUGUUUUGAUUGCCAAAAUAUUUAAUUCUUGUGUCCCCCCUCCCUCUUUUGAAGGUACGGCCUGAAUUUAAUCAUGUUUCAGAAGAAAGUGGCUGCCAUGUUUUUUGUUUUCUUUCCUUUAUCUAUCAUUUUGCAUUUAAUUAACAAAUUUUAGUCAGUGCAGAGGCUGUGCCUUUAUUAAAACUGAGAUGACAGCCACAUGGUUUCUUUUAUUUUAGCUAUAAAGGAUACCUUUAGAGUAUUCACUGCUCAGAGGAACAGUACUGAGUCGGUACAAAGAAAUACAGUUGGGGCCAUUGGAGAGGUAUCUAAUAGGAAGUGGAGCAACUGGGAUUCUUGGGAGUAAUUUCAGAAUAAUUUCUAAUUUUAAAAGCUUUACAGUUGUAGCAAGAGAACAUUAAGCUUAGGUUUCAGAAGCUGUUACUCUAUUCUGCCUCAGUCUUUGGCACUGUGAUUAUCAAUUCAAUGAAGUACCUGUGACUUUUUUUUAAAGACAAACUACUAUAGUGAAUGUUUGGUGUGGCUAGUAGGUUUUCCUACAAACACCUGCCUGUCUGAGGUUUCAGAACAUUUUGUUUUUAAAACACAGGAGAUUUUGAAGAUAUUUCUAGGAACAUGGGAGUUGUGCAUAGAUCAUGUAUGAAAUCAAGCAUUUUUGCUUCUGUUCAGAGAUGUUUUUGUCUCCAGUGCUGAUUUUGGCAGCUUGACACGAUUCAGGAUUUUUAGGCUGAUUUGCAAACAUGCACUCUUCUCCUUCUUUGGAUUUACUUGGAAUGUAUCUACAAAAGGUUUAUGUUUGUUUUGCAUUUUUAGUGCAUGUUUUGACGUAUUUACUACAUUACAACUUGUAGUACAUUCUUAAAAAGCAAUGUCCCUCUCUCUCUCUCUCUCUCUCUCUCUCUCUCUCUCUCUCUCUCUCUCUCUUUUUUCAUUUUUGGAUAAAACUGAGUGAUAUGAUGGAAGCUUUCACUGACUUUCCUAUAGGGAUAACUUUCCUGAGAGUGGAUUUGUUAUUUCAGAUUUAAAAUAAGAAAGCCAUAUAAUCCCAAAGUUAUUUGAAUUUUGAGGGGAAAUAUUUUUCUUUUUACUUAUGUAUUUCUAGGAAAAAAGUGAAAAGUGUGUGAGCUAUACAAAGAAGAUAUAAAUUAUUUUAAGCUACCAAAUUUACUCUGUUACUCAAUUUAGGUGAAUUCAAAGCGGGCAUGAAAGGUUCACAGAAACCAAUUUAGAGAUUUAGGUAUGACAAUAAUCAAUUAAGCGAUCUGUUAUACCACUUUGGAUAUUUCUCCCUUAUCCUUAUGCAAAUGUAUGGCCAUAUAAGUAUUGUUGGAUUGCAACUCCCAUCAUCCUUUUCUAUUGAUGUUACUGAUGGGAGCUGUAGUCUAGCCUCUGAAAGGUCAUGUAAUCUUUGAUUUAAAAUGUCCAGCCUAGCUAAUGGUUUUUAUACUUGCAAAUGUCAAUCUGCGACUUAGUGUUUGAGUUUUAUCUAAAGGGGAACGAGACACUCAAAAGACAUUUAUAGGGGAAAAUGCAAUGGGUUACACAAAGAUUUUUUACACAGUGUGCCUAUAAAGUAGGGGAACUUGGCUAAGGUUUUUAGUCAUGUUUUGUUACCUUCAGAGAGCAUUUGAGGCAAUAAAAGACACUACUGUGAGAAGUGUCUAUGACCAGUGUACCUUGUUCCAAGCACUUAAACCCAAUGCCCUUGAGUGUAAUUUACUACAUAUAGUGGUACCAUGUUCUCCAUUCCUUUCAAUGGGCCUUCCCUUCAAGGCACUUGACCACACAUUUACUCGUAUUAUUUAAGUAGUUUCUCUUUUCGUUUGCAUUGAAUACUGCUUCUGAAUGCCAUUAAAUAAGUGGUGUGGAAACAAAUAGAAAAUUUCUCUUGUUUUCUCCAGUAUUUGAUUCCAUCCAGAAAGCAGUAGUUAUUUUCCUCCAUCUCUCGUCCUUCCCAAACAUUCAAGUUGGAAGGAAAAGGAUCCCCACAAUGAAUAAAUAAUAAGUAUUAUAAUAACUGAUUCUGCUUUUACCCAGCAAAGCCUGACUGAUAGAUUGGGAUAUCUGGAGUCCUAAUAGCCUGUGUAUAAGGAACAAUAAAGUUUCCCUCUCCUGUUUAAGACCAUUCCCCUGUUACAAGUUCCUAAGAAAUUUGUAAUAUUUGAGUCAAAAAUCUGUAUUGUAAAUGCUGCAGCUACAUUUGCCUUCUUUGUAGAGACAAAUAGAGAUCUGUCCCAUAUUUAAAAUUCAGUUUGCAGGAAAAAAAACUCAUUACACUAAACUUACAUAUUUUUUUUAAUGUACAGGUAAUAUUUCAUUUUGAUUCCACCGCAAGGUAAAAUAAUUCCUUGGAUUUUCUGAAAUGUUUAAUUAUUUUGAGAUCCAUGUUUUGUUUCUAUUUAUAAAAGACUGUUUACCUUUUAAAGAAGAACAACGGAAUGUUUUCCAUCAUGUAAUUGUUCCAUAAACAGUCAGGAAAUCAUGUCUACCUGUUCUGCGUCCUAUCCUUCCUUCCCAGGCAGACACCAUGUUAAAUGUCUUGGGUACAUAACUGAUUCUUUCGCCACAUAUUUAAAACGUGACACGAGGAAAUCUGGGGUUCCUCUGCAGCUUAGGAAGGUUGGCUUAGCAACUGCUUCUCUACAAAGGAUGGCUUUUGCUGGGAAGGAAUUGUAAAACCAUUGUUUCAGUCUUUGAGCCAUUAAUGUCUAUCCUGCCUCAUCAAUCUAAGAGGUCAGAAGAGCUUCAAAUUAAAAACCCACACUAAACUCCGAGGCUCUUAAGAGCUUUAACAAUCAUGUUAAAUUACAUUACUUAAAAAUAUUCACCUGUUUUGUUUACAUUAAACUUGCACUUGUUCUUGGUGCCACCUUCUUAACUCGAGCACUGCCUUACAAGAGCUGACCAUUUGACACCUCCUCAAGGAGGAAAAAGCACUUUUAAAACUAAUCAUGUUAAUUGUUAUGGUAGAUAUAACUGAAAGGUUGUUUUUAAAUAAAAUAAAAUAAAAUAAAAUGGAGAAUAGUUACUUAUUUGCUUGGCUGCUCAUUUCCCAUUUUAUCUACCUUGAUCUAUGGGUUUUAAUUAAGGCUUUGUGCAUAAAUUAGUCCCAGCAGAAAAGUAUUGCUUCCUCUCUGAUAUAAAGGAGGACUUCAAAGUCCACAUGUGUAUCCUCAAUGUGACACUGAAUUAUAGGAAAUGUUUGCCAGCACAAAGGAUGUAUAUAUUAAAUAUUGGUUCAGCUUUUGUUGGGAUCGUUGUUUUACCUCUUGGUAAGGAGGCAAACUAUAUUUACUUCAAGAUAGAUGCAACAUUAUCACAAUCUACAGCUAGAAGAAAGUAAGAAGUCAACACUAGAAUAGAUCACUUCUGGCAUACCAUGUAGGUAACAGGUCAUUAACCUGAAAUAAAAUAAAUUUCUCGGUAAUACAUUUUACAGAUAUAUAAUACAUCCAGAAAGCCAUUUGCUUCAUUUCAACAUUCAGUUUAUAUAGUUGGCUGCAUUGUUCUUACAUUUAAUUUUACAAGAUUCCAGAUUUCUAAAAACACUACUAACUACUAAUUACUAGCAAGAUGGCAUUCACUGCACAGUAUAGUUUAUGUUUGGGUUUUUAAAAAUUCCAUUAAUUUCACUCAGAUAUGAAAAUAUAAUUGAGUUUAUCCCUAUCACACCUAGUCUACAAUCUGCAAUAGACCAUACAGUGUAGAGGUAUUUUGAUUUAUGACACAUUUGUGAAUCCUUGACUUAAACGUUAAGAUGCAAAACCUGUUUUGAUUACAAAUUAUACAAAAUUAUAUAAUUCUGAUUGAUAUAUAAGCAUUUUAAGUCAGCAGUUAUAAACUGAUGGGCAAAGAUAUGUAAGUUACAAAGGUCCUUCACAAGCUUUCCAAAUAUAUAUUUUUGCUUGAAGUGUUUCUUCCCAAAUAUGGACGGGUUCCAAGAAUCUUUGGAUCACUAACUUGUGAUUCUGAAAAAUAAAAGUCUCUAUUUUGUGUUGUAAUCAUCCAAACAGUUCAGAUGGCUGGUGUGGUCUUUAAUCUUCCUCCUGUUCACUGUACUCUGUGUACUUAAAUAUUUUAAAUAAAAUGUAGAUGUUCCUGUUCACGUAGUGUUUUGAAACUUACAUUAAUUUCACAAUGUACUGUAUUGUUGCCUCUCAAAAUACAUACGUGGUUUGGGGUUAAUUGUAAAAUAAAGCAAUAUUUAAAUGUAUGUAAAGCUAAUGGUUCUAACACAGAAAUUGAUUUUUAGUAUGAUUUUUAUAGCAUGGGGCAGGGAAAGUAAAACAUUAUAUAUACAAGUAUCUAUAUUUCCCUUGUUCCCCAAUUUCCCAAUCCACUCUCUGCUGCUAUUGUUGCUGUUCUGUUUUGCCUUCUUUGUUUUGCUUUAUUCCUGUUAAUAAUUUGCAUACACUGCACAAUCCGUCUGGAAUUAUUUUUUGGCCCAAGCCUCAGUUGUGGAAGUCAUUUGAGUGGGGCUUGUGCUGGAAAGCAAUUCCAGGCUGACUGUGCCCACUGGUCUUCUUUUUUCCCCUUUCCCAUGUUGCAUGAAAAAUGUUGGAGGAUAUUAAUAAAAAAAGGCUUUAGUGAAAUGGAUUUAUUUUUAUAAUAUUUAAUAACUGUCAAUACCCAUCUAUAUUAACUAUAUGAAAUCAUAUUACCUUUUUAGAUAAGUCUGUACAGGUUUGUGGACUUAAAUGUUAAAAAUGUCAAAGCAAAUAAAGGUUGUUUUGGAGAAGAGAA